GAAAAGGAGCGGGAAGGAAAGACAGUCUGUCAAACUAAGUUAAUUCCCCUUAGUUACAACUGUUCCAGGAAUUGUGCCGGUCUCAAAAAACAAUACAUUACUCAUUUUAAUAUGUUCCGUUCGUUCUUCUAAUUUAAUAUUUAUAUAAUUAUAUAUAACUACAUAAUCCCAAGUAUCUACCUAACAGCCUUUCUUACACAAUGGAUAAAUUAAAGCGUACUUUAAGUGGUGAUGAUACCGAUGAAGAGCAUGGAAUCGUAACACAGGCCUUGCUGUCACCAUCGGAGAGAAGUGGGGAUUUGAUGUCUCCUUCAUCUUUAAAAUCUAUGAUAUCUGAUGCCUCAACACUCAGUUGGUCGACAAGGAUUAAAGGUUUUGCAAUAUGCUUUCUUUUGGGUAUUGGAUUUUCUGUACUUGGCUCAGCUUUAUUGUUUAUAGCCAAGAAAGGACUGGUUUUAUUUGCUGUCUUCUAUACAUUGGGAAACAUUCUUUCCCUAUCAAGUACUUGUUUUUUGAUGGGACCAAUGAAUCAACUGAAGAAGAUGUUUGCUAAAACUCGUAUAAUUGCAACAAUUGUAGUAUUACUAAUGUUUAUACUGACUCUGGUAGCAGCAUUUGCUCUGAAAAAACCUGGUUUGGCUUUGUUAUGUGUUAUACUCCAAUCUUUGGCACUAACCUGGUAUUCACUGUCCUAUAUUCCUUAUGCAAGAGAUGCUGUGAAAAAAUGCUUUGCAUCAUGUAUUGAAUGAAGUGUCCAGGCAACCGUCAGCUUUCUCACUAAUACCUUCACAUCAUGGAACAAGUCUCUAUAAAUGUAUCAUUUGCUGAACUGUAUAACUGACAUUUGAUAUAAAGGCAUGACUGUCAUAUGAUGUCAAUAUAGUUUCCAUAUUUUUUUAAAUGCUAUGUUAUAUUUGAAACUUCUCAAUCAAAUUAUUCCAAAUAGAUCAAUGAAUAUAUUUAUUUGUACAUCCUAGUUACAAACAUUUGAAAACUAUCAACUCUAAAAUGAAAAGCAAUUAUUAUUAUUAAAAAUAAACAUUAAACUGAAUAUUUUCUA